AUGAGUCGGGAAUUCCCCUCCCUUGGCCCGGAACAGGGUUCCGUCAUCCAAUUUCAGCUUCAAGUCUCCCAACCGGACUGUCGAUCACGACGACAGCCACGAGACAGGCACUUCGAGGUGUUAGGGGAGCGUUUACCCAAUUCUGAGGACGAAUGGCAAAAGGCCCGAACACGUCUCCGGUUUACAACUCCAGCUGACAUCAAUGCAUGGGUUUCGGACCUUGUGUCCCUGGAUCGCGCCUUGCCUCAAAAUUUACGCAAGUUGAUCAGCCUUGCGAUCUUUUGCGUGGAAAGGCGCAAAGAUGAGGAUACGGCCCAUCGUAACUAUGAGGCACGUACCUCUCAGCAAUGUUUGGUCAGAACUAUCCGCAAUUACGCGUCUCUUGUACGAGGCGUGAUUGCUUUGAUGGAUCAAAUUUACCUGAAGCUACGCCAUCGGGCCUUUGAAGCUGUUCUGCUUUAUUCACCUUUGGAUUAUGCGUCUCUGGUGUCUUACAAAAGAGAGCCAGAUCGUUUCAAGUCAUACUUUCGGGACGUGAAAAUCCUCCCUGAGGAGCAUGCAUCACAAGCCCUAUAUCUUCCAUUUCUCGUUGCAUAUGGACACCCACAAUAUAAGUACAAUGAGAUUUGCAGAGCUCUUGGUACCAACACUCUCAAAGAGACAGAGUUCCUCAAAUUUGUUUCCGUGAGGGAGAGCGGAAAGCCAGUGCCCCAUAUACUUAACGCUCCCCCGAAGAACCGCUACGACGCAAUCCGAAAUAGAUGGACUCGAGAUAGUCUGAUUGAACACUUGAAUACCGAGGAAAUUUAUGCGAUUCCUAACCGUUUGGAUGGCUAUAAACGCUUUGACCUCCCAGAUAUAAUUCAGCAAAAGGCAGCUAUGGCAGCCAGCGAGCAGGACGGCUGUGUACCCCAGGAUAUUCCAGGGGUGAUAAGCUUCAGGUUUGAUUGGACUGUAUGCCAUGAUGAUGUCGGUCGCCUGGUCCUUGGGCUGUUGGUCGAACUUGGCCUUAUCAGCCAAGGGCAGAUACACCUAAGCAGGAACUCUGUACGACAUGACAGCGGCCCAAUUACUGUUCGCUCAAAUUGGUUGAAGAUUAUCAUACCUACUGCCCCAACUGCUGAGCCAGUAGUUAUGUCACUUAGCAGCAAGAGCUUCCGAGAAGACGUUGCAUGGGAUAUUAAAUCAGGCUUUCUGCUUGGGUCAGGCAUAACACACUCGCCAUCAAGUACCAUUCAUUAUAUUUCAGUGUCUAUUCCUACUUUGAAGAGCUAG